UCAUUAAUUACAAGUACUCUUUUUAAUUUCCCUUCAUUCAGUUUCUCUUUUCCCAUAAGGUGAAACAUCAAAAUGUCUCCACAAAGUUUAGUACUUUCACAUUCACUUUUCAUCAUGAUCCUCUCAUUUGGCUUGUGUCUUGGCUCUUACAUUGAUGACACACAUCAUAAAACAAAUUAUGAUCAACCUGAUGAGCAUUUUGGUGUCAAGAAACUGGCUCCUCAACCUUCCCCAUUUUCAUGGCCUCAAAGAACGUUUGAUGUUGAUGACUAUGGACCCAGAGAUAACGAUGAAAGUGGUGAUAAUGAGGCAUUUGAGAUGGCAUGGGAUCAGGCAUGUUCCGAAGGGGGUGCUCUUGUGGUACCUGAAAACAGGGUCUAUCAUCUAAAGCCAAUAAAAUUUUCAGGCCCUUGUCAUCCCAAUACUUCCUUCAAGAUUCAUGGAACAAUCAAAGCUUGGCCUAAAUUUUCAGCAUAUGAAAAAGAUAGACGACUCUGGAUUAUGUUUAACAAUGUCACGAAUCUCAGAGUUGAUGGUGGCGGAACCAUCAAUGGCAAUGGGAGAAAAUGGUGGCAGAACUCUUGUAAAAUCAACGAAAGCCUUCCAUGUAGGGAUGCGCCAACUGCUGUGACUUUCAAUGAGUGCACCAAUUUGAGAGUGGCAAACCUGAGGUUCAAGAAUGCACAGCAAAUGCACAUUAGAUUUCAGAGAUGCUACAACGUUAGAGCUUUGAAUUUGAUCAUCAGAGCACCAGGGAACAGCCCCAACACUGAUGGAAUUCAUGUCACUGGGACACAAAACAUUAUCAUAAGCAACAGUGUUAUUAGGACAGGUGACGAUUGUAUUUCCAUCGUAAGUGGGUCGAAAAAUGUUCGAGCCUCUGAUAUCAUUUGCGGUCCAGGACAUGGAAUCAGUAUUGGGAGCUUAGGAGAAGGUAACUCGGAAGCUCAGGUAUCCAAUGUGGUAGUGAACAGAGCCAUCUUAACAGAAACUACUAAUGGAGUGAGAAUAAAGACUUGGCAAGGAGGUUCAGGCUUUGCAAGAAACAUCAAGUUUCAGAACAUAGCAAUGAGAAAUGUGUCUAAUCCCAUAAUCAUAGAUCAAAACUACUGUGACCAGGACAAGCCAUGCCAUGAACAGCACUCAGCAGUGCAAUUGAGCAACGUGGUGUACAAAAACAUAAGUGGAACAAGUGCCUCAGAAUUGGCAAUCAAAUUUAAUUGCAGCAAAACUGUUCCUUGCAAGGGAAUCUUCGUGCAAGAGGUGAUUUUAAAACCAGAACAAGGCCAUGGAAGGACCACUGCUUCGUGUGAGAAUGUUGGAUAUGUAGGAAAGUUUUUUCCUCAAUGCUCUUAUUGAAGAAUGACGUUAAUUACUCGGAUUUGUAAAUACCAAUUCAGUUAUAUUUAGGCACAGAGAGGCAUAUAAAUGUUACACAACUUACUAGUCCAAAAAACUUUGAAGCAGAUCGAUUCAAUAAAUUUACCAUAAGGUAGGUUUUAAAAUAGUCAAACCACCUUAAUUUUUACUAGUGUUUUUCUUCGUCUUAUUGCGUCCUUUUACAAGACCAU